GCUUAUUUGGUGGCUACAUGCAUCUCUUUAUUGCAUGCAUCUCUCUUGCUUCCCCCGUGCCUAUUUAUUUUCUCUCUGUACAUCUGCAGGGGCGCAUGGAAUACCUGGUGAAAUGGAAGGGCUGGUCUCAGAAGUAAGUAGGUUACAUACACAAUUAUGCAGCCUCGCAAAUACUCAGAAGAUGGUGGUUAUGAUUUAUUUGAUGCAUGUGGCAUUGUAACAGAAAGGAAAGCGAGAUCCUCUUUUGAAUUAAUUGUAUGUGUGUUUCCCCACCCCCACUCAAAACUGACCCUGUUUCUCAAUCUGUGUGCCUGUCCUGCUAGGUACAGCACCUGGGAACCUGAGGAAAAUAUUCUGGAUGCUCGGCUGCUUGCAGCCUUUGAGGAAAGGGAACGAGAAAUGGAGCUAUACGGGCCCAAAAAGCGAGGCCCCAAACCCAAAACCUUCCUGCUCAAGGCCCAGGCCAAAGCCAAAGCCAAAACCUAUGAAUUCCGCAGUGACUCAGCCAGGGGAAUCCGGGUGCCAUAUCCUGGUAGAUCACCCCAAGAGCUGGGCUCCACGUCCCGGGCUAGGGAAGGCCUGAGAAACAUAGCUCUGCCGGCCCAGGGCAGCCCCAGCACCUUGAGGGCUGAGAGCAUCCGAGACCGGGUUGGGAGAAUGGAAGAUAAACCGGGGGAGAUCCCUAAAAAGAGAGGCCCAAAGCCUAGGAAAGAGCAUUACAAGGACUUGCCAGAGGCUCUGGAUGUCUCCAAGAGGAAAUUGUGUGAGCCAGGGGACAAGAUUGGGGACUACCUCAAAGCCAGAAAAAUAGAGGAGGCUGUGCCGGGGGUGGCAAAGUUUGGCUCAGGACACAGUGUGAUCCAGCUAGCCAGGAGACAGGAACCGGACCUCUCUGGUGCGAUGUCCAGCCCCAAUAGAGCAGAGGCUGGCAUGAAGCUGGGAGCCUCAGAGAUGUACCCGCCCAGGGUCACCAAGCACAGGUCAGACUUUUUGGACCCCAAGGGGCAAGAUGGAUUGGACCCCGGCGGCCCUAAGAUAAUGCACAGCUCCACCAACCAGGGCUCUGUGGGAAGCUUGUACCGAGAAACGGUGGGGACUCAGUCUGGCAGGCCCUCCCUCAUUGCCAGAAUCCCUGUCUCCAGGAUUCUGGGAGACCCAGAAGAGGAGUCCUGGAGCCCCUCUCUCAACAACCUGGAGAAAGUGGUGGUGACUGAUGUGACAUCUAACUUUUUGACCGUCACAAUUAAAGAGAGCAGCACGGACCAAGGAUUCUUUAAGGAAAAGCGAUGAGUGUUUGCAGGAUAAAUCCAGAGAGGUAGAUGCUUGGUUAGAGGUUGGUGGGGUUUUUUUCCAGGACAGGACCUAGAAACUAUCUUAAUUCUUUCUGCUUGCAUUCUGUUUUUCUAGUUUUACGUUUCAUUGGAAAGAUUAUCUCUAGAGUUAUAUUUUCUAUUAGAUGUAAAUAUGUUAUUUAAGAAAAAUCCCCCCUAUAUAUAUAUAUCUAUAUAUAUAUAUAUAUAUAUAUUUCAAUUUUAAGUUGUUUUAUUUAAAAAUGGAGACUGAACGGUGACUGCUCAGUUGCUCUUAGGACAAUAAAAACUGAGAACUAAUGAGUUCACGUAUCUGUUGCAGGAGCCAGUGUAUAUAAUGAACAAUGUUUGUAGUUAAUUAUGUUCUGGGUUAAUUUUUUGUUGUUAUGAUUUUUUUUCAUAAGAUGCUCUGGAUGAUGAAUGGGGAAGUUGUAUCCCUUUCCGGGCAAAAUGCCCUGAUUUCUUGAUUGUGAUAUAAGGUGUUGCUUGUACAAUCAAGUGUGCUGUAUCCGGAACUGUCUGUCUGGGCAGCUGAAACAAGCACUUGAAUUUACAGUAUUGUUGGGUUUGGUUUCCAAUUAAAAAAAAAAGUUGAUAUAAAAUCAAAAAAGCCGAAGUCUAUAAAAAGACUGACAGUUGUUCUAGUGAAGUAUUAACUUGAAUUACCUCUUCUUGCAAAUGAAGAGGAGGUUUGUAUGUUUAAGAUUCCUAAAAGGAGUGAUACUGAAAUGCACUUUAAUAGAAUUGUCAUAGCAGUUAUGGGAGACAAAACUGAGCUGAGAAGCUGUUUUAAUUUUGUCUGUUUGCUUGAUUCUUCCCCCACCCACUUAAAAAAAAUCUGUUUACAUUCCUGAAAUGCCAGAAAAGUUUGGGAGGAUGCAGUGUCACUGCCCGUAUUUAGAUGCUCAUGCUAUUAUAGAAAGUGUUACUUUGUUUCCCGGGGCCCUUUGGACUGGUGGGAGAGUCCAGAUACAGUGUUCUCUAAUAUCCACAUCUCCCCAACAAAUCCCAGGGUCAUUUAAUUGGGGUUAGAGAAAAUAAAUAUUUUCCCUGUUAGAUGCCAGUUUCACAAUGGUUGAGAGGAGAUCUACUAAUAGGUGCAAAGUAGGUGUUGCUGAUGGAGGUUGCAGUUUGUAUUUGUUUAUGCCCUUCUCGGUGGAAGGUGCAUGCCAACGUUUUAGUUUAGUUUGGCUCUGGGCUUACGGAGGUUUAACGAGGGAACAAAAUGCAGCAGCUUCCAUCCACUAGAGCAGCAAGACUGGAGGUCUUGUGUUAUCU